CAAACAUCAUGCCGAGCCACGAAUGUCUCGGUUUGGUUGCAUGAUCAUGAAAUAAAAAGAAACUCUCAAUAAAAAAUAUUUCCCUCUUUCUCUGUGUUCGAAUUUCAAAACGCAAGGGAGCCAUCAGCGAAGGGACACUCCAACUUUCUCUCCCUCCCAAAAUUAAUCCCACCGAUCGAACUCAAUUAUUACAGAGAUCGAUGCAUAAUCACGCAGUUGUAUGUAUAUAUGAAAUGAAACGGUGUCGCCAAUCAUGUUUUCCUCUGAGAAGAAGGUGAAGGUGAAGGGUUGGUAGUGGAAGAUGGGCGGCUUUUUCGGCUGUUUUCGUACCAAAGACUCGAGCUUUAAUCCGGCUAAACCUCCGUAAGCUCUGAUAACGAGACGAUUGAGUUUGAAUUUAGCAGCAUUUAUAUGAUUUUUGUUCUGAUUUUUGAAUUUUUUGUUUUGAAUUUGAGCCGGAGCCGGUGGUGCCUGGGAGUAAUAAUGCUCUUUCGUCUUUAUUCCAGCGAGAUGACGAAGCGGUGGGGAAGGGAGAGGGAGGUCAGAAUAAUUCGCUGCCUCGGGAAGUUGAUAUUUAAGGAGCUCAGGGAGGAGGGCAAGUUCCUCAAAGUUUGUGGCACUUUACUUGAAGAAACUCCUGUUGAAAUUAGAAAAGGCAUCGAGAAGAGGGAAGCUAAAUUGGAUUCACCGGUGGGUUCUUCCAGAAGGUACUUCAAAUUGUACUGUAUAUUUCUGGAUUCACCAUUUGAAGUCCUGAAGCAGUUUGGAUUUCUCGGCAGCAGAAGUGUAGUAAAGCCAUCACCUUAUCCGACCCUUCUCAAAUCGUCCAAUGAGGUGCAGACACCUGGCUCUGAGUUUCCUGCAUUACAUAAUGAUGGUAAAAUUAAGUCAAAGGAUGAAUAUUCCGAUUCUAAUGGCGAGAGAACUAGGCUUAGGCCGUGGAAAGAAGAUGACGUGAUAUCAACUCCGGUGGCUAAAUCAGCAGCAAAACAGAUUUCGGUCAAAAAAGAGAUGAAAAUGGAAGCAAGCCUGUCCAAUUGGUUGAAGCCGGUUUCACAAAAUAAAGGUGGUAGAGUUGACAAAUUUAGUCAUUUUUCUCGUGAAAAGGAUUAUUUUGGGGAAACUCCCAAAGAUAGGCCGAUUUUAGGCAUGAUGGCGGCUCAUUGGAAUGAGAAUGAGAUUUCUCACGUUUCACCUAAGUGGUGGGAUGGGAAUGGGAUCCCGAAUUGUACUAACAAGUACAAAGAGGAUCAAAAAGUCAACUGGCACGCAACACCGUUUGAGGAGAGAUUGGAGAAGGCAUUGUCUGAAGAGACCUUUAUAUCUAAGAGGAAAACUAUUGGCAUGACAUCUGAAGAGUUCGAUACUGCUUUCCCACAUAUGCAAUCUUUGGACAGCCUCAAAUCUGUCGUUUCGUAUGGAUGAAUAGUGAAAAAGUUAUGCUUUUUAUUGUUUUGAUUUCAUCGUUCGGUACAUUUUUGUUAGUCUUUGUUGAUCAUGAGCCAUUGCCAAGCUCUGGUGUGGAGCUGAUUUGAGGACAGGUAAAAAGGCAGAAUUUGGGGUGGCAAUUCAUUAAAGGAUCAUUUGUUUGUUGUGAUUUGUGAAUGUAAAUAGGCAAGGAGUGGCUUACUUUUUGUACUACCUUUUUGGCUAAUGUUGUUAAUUUUUGGUACUCUAUAAUCUAAUAUUUGUAUUGCAGAAGAA